UCUUCUUUCCCUCCUCCCCCUCCACUUCCUAAAUAUUUGCAAAUAGGUCCCUCAUGCUGCCCUGGGACGAGGUUAUCUCCUUCCCCCUCCUGGGCCUCGACGAAAGCUUCGGCUUCACCUCCUGGCCGACGCCGGCCCCGACCCCCGAAACCGGUCAGGAAGAACCGGAACCGCCCACCCUCUCCCCGGCCGAGGACCGCCGGCGGCGGCGCAAGAUCUCGAACCGCGAGUCCGCCCGCCGCUCGCGCAUGCGGAAGCAGCGCCAUCUCGAGGAGCUCCGGAGCCAGGGCGCCCGCCUCCGCUCCCAGAACCGGGUCCUCACCGACCACCUCGACGCCACCGUCCACCGCUGCUUCAUCUUCCGCGCCGAGAACAACCGGCUACGCGCCGAAUCGGCCGCCCUCCGCCGCCGUCUCUGCCUCCUCCUGCGCCAGCACCACCUCCUCUCCUCCCCCCCUCCACCGCCGCCGCCGCCCCCGGCGCCCACAGGCGGCGGCGGCUUCGCCUCCGGAUACGAACAGACGCUCGCGUCGCUAUUCUCUUGAAAAAAAAAAAAAUCGAAAAAAUUGGGAAAUUUUAAAAUUGGGUAACGUGGAAAGAAAUGGAAUUAAGAGAAAGAGAGAAAGCAAUUAUCGCUGCUCUCUCUAUGUUCCUUCUCUCUCUUAUGUAUAAAUUUAAACCGGUUUUAGAAAAAUGGCGGCUUUUAAAUGGCGGGAAUUUGCCCUAUUUUUACUGGAAGGGUUCGGGUUGUAUCUUUAGCACGGAACAAUGAUUAAUCCUCUAUCAUGAGGUCAGCCA